CUUCCCCGCCAGCAUAACCUCGCGCGUUGAAGAACCAAAAGCUGGAACACAUGGUCAAUUUGAAGCCCAUUCGCAACUAUUCGCAAUGCUUGGACGUCUUACAGCUUCACUGAAAGCCAUAAACUGGCCAUGGCGCUCCCACAAGUUGGUGGGUCGCGACCUAUUGGGGAACAUGUACUUUGAAGGUCCGCCAAUGCGUGCGGGGACAGACCGCACCCGCCGCAUAAUAGAAUACUUUGACGGGAGGACGGAGUAUUACAAAUAUGAGCCGGAGCUCAUUCCCGCACAGUGGCAGGCAUGGUUGAGGCAUACGCGGAACGCACCGCCUUCGAUAGAGGAGUUGCAACAAGCGGAAGCGCAAAGAUUGUUGACGAUACAAAGAGCACGAGAGCUGGACGCCAAAUGGGAGCAGCGAAAGAUCGAGAUUGAACAAGAGAAGUUGGCCUCGUUGCCUGCAGGACGGCCAUCGCCAGCGUCGCCAGUCCCUCCGCCAACGGCACCUUCAACUGCGCCAGUCGGACAAGGGGAGACCUUUGAACCGGGAGCAUGGAACCCUGGGGCGAAGUGGCGGGGUGGAUGAACUGUCCAUCGCCGUCUACUUCAUCUCUGGAAGCGAAGCACAUAUUUGAGGCGCGAUUCUGUCACAAUUUUGUAUAUCCAUCAUGUCUCUUAAUGUAUUUGCGAGUGUUAUAUUUCAUGUAUGAUUAUCCAUGUAUCAACCAUGGC